UGCAUGCACAAAGGGAAAACUGGACGCCAAGUCGCCAACCCAAGUCACGCUUUUACGGUAAACGUGGCACCGCGUUUUCUCUCUCCCCCGAGGCCCUCUCUCUUCGUCGCCGUUUACCAGUAUACGCAUACAGUCUCUCGCCACUGAAACCCCUUUUUUUCUCCAUUUGCAACGCUUUUCCCUUUUUUUUCCUCUCUUCCUCAGCGCACGAAACCCCGAUUUCGAUCAAAACGCUUCGCAAGUAAACAUUCAAAAUCCAAAGAAGAGAAACUAUUCAAAACGCGAAAUCCCAUCAACAACACUGUUUUGAGUUUUCAUUAGAUGGAUUUAACUUGCCAUGAAUCACUUACCACGAUUUUUAGGCCGUAGGAAUGAUAAUAAGAAGCAAGACGGCAUGGGCGUGGAUCCCAAGAAGGCCCGAAUGUCAAAGCCACGUCUCGAGCGCCGCAACGCCGCCAAGCACUUCGAUUACGACGCCGGCUCAUCGUCUUCGUCGUUCGAUGACUACUCCACUUUCUCCUCUCAUGGCAACGGCGUUUCGGUGCUCUACACGCGCUCGAUGGAGUUCUACGAUCACAAGAGCUUCAGAAUCGAAGGCGUCGAGGGCGAGUUCGACCGGAUUUGCCAGAGCCUCGGCCUCUCUGGCCCAGAGGACUUCGCAAUUCCCGCGGCGGCUUGGGAGGCCAUGAAGGUUCGGUCUUCUUCGGAUAUUCUUCCGAGGUUGAAGCUUCGCGACUUGGAUGAAGUCAAGGAGAGUGAAGAGAUUGGGAUGAAGGAAGGUGAAUUUGGGGAUAGUUCCCAACCUAAGGCUCCUAAUCCGGUUACGGUUUCUGAUCAAUGUGUUCAAGAGAUUGCUUGCAGAAGUUGCUUCACUCUCGGUGGUUGCGUUGGCGGAGAUGAUGGAGUUGAAGUUGGGGAUAAUUGUGAGGAUAGCGUUCCGGUCUGGGCUUCUGAUGAAUCUGUAAAAGACGGCGGUGAUCGCGGAAACUACAACAGUACUGUAACUGCUGAUACUGGCUGCAGCAGUGGCAGUGGCGGAGGUAUCAAGGGCUUUCGGCCCCCUAUGCUGAAACCAGCGCCGGGGAGUAGGGUUUCGGUUGUGGACAACGCGUCCUCCACAUGGGACCUGUUGAGGGAUUUUCCUUCACCUUGUGAAGGGAAGGAGAAUUUCGUGGAAUUCAGUGAUUCAGAUGAUGAUCAUCGAGGAUUGCAUGGUGAAUUAGAGAAUAGAGAAAAAGAGGAAGAGGAAGAGGAAGAGGAAGGAGGUAGAGGGGGUGAUGGGAAGAGAGAAGAAGAAGAGAAUUCAUUGAGAUUCGCAGAGAUUGUUGCGGAGCUUACUGGGUCAUGUUCUUUCACAACUUCGAAUGGAGAUGAUUCUUCUAGCACUACCACGGAUCCUAGGUCCAAUAAUAUAUCUCCUAAUGGAAGAUUUAAGCGUAUUAUUACCCACUGGCAGAAGGGUGAUCUUUUGGGUCGCGGUUCCUUUGGGUCUGUCUACGAAGGAAUUGCAGGGGAUGGGUUCUUCUUUGCUGUAAAAGAAGUUUCACUGCUUGAUCAAGGGAAUCAGGGAAAGCAAAGUGUCUAUCAAUUGGAACAGGAGAUUGUACUUUUGAGUCAAUUUCAACAUGAGAAUAUAGUUCAAUACUAUGGUACAGAAAUGGAUGACUCAAAGCUGUAUAUCUUUCUUGAGCUCGUAACCAAAGGUUCUCUUGCAAGCCUCUACCAUAGGUAUACCCUUCGAGAUUCCCAAGUAUCUGCAUAUACUAGACAGAUUCUGCACGGCCUAAAGUAUCUUCAUGAUAGAAAUGUCAUCCACAGGGAUAUUAAAUGUGCAAAUAUUUUGGUGGAUGCAAAUGGAUCUGUCAAGCUUGCCGAUUUUGGAUUGGCAAAGGCAACCAAAUUGAAUGAUGUUAAAUCAAUGAAGGGAACAGCAUUUUGGAUGGCCCCAGAGGUUGUGAAAGGAAAAGCCCGAGGUUAUGGGCUUCCAGCUGAUAUAUGGAGUUUGGGGUGCACUGUGUUGGAGAUGUUGACGGGGAAAAUCCCAUAUUCUCACUUGGAAUGCAUGCAGGCACUGUUUAGAAUUGGAAAAGGUGAACCACCUCCGGUACCUGAUUCUCUUUCAAGAGAUGCAAAUGAUUUCAUCCUGCAGUGCCUAAAAGUGAAUCCAGAUGAUCGUCCCACGGCUACUCAACUCUUAACACAUUCAUUUGUCCAACGGCCACUUUCUCAGUCAUCUGGCUCUGCAUCUCCUUUCAUUCCUAGAAGACGGGGUUAAACCUGUGAUGUCCAACUAUGAAAAAUACUGAAGAUCCGUCCUCCAUUGGAUUUUAAAUAUCUCCAAUGUUCAGUCUUCAUGUUGCUGGAGUUGGUGUAGGAUGCAUUGUAGUAGAAACUGUUGAUCGGUUGUGCUGUUCAGAGUUUGUUUACUUGUAACAUUAACCAUUAUUUUAAGCACCCUUAUGGAUCUAACCUUCAUAUAGCUCUCCAGAGAAAUAUCAAUUUGCGUAUCAUUAUUUGAGAAUUAUGCUCCACAUGUGUGUAACUAAUUAAUCGAUGAUCAUUUAUAUAUGUCGAGCCGUACCCAGGUUUUCCUAUUUUUUAGUUAACAGGUGCGAGAGCUUGAAGGCUAAACUUCUGGGAGGUGGGAAUAAUUUGUAAAAGUGUUGACCAAUUAUUUGUACAUAGUCAUUACCUUCCAUUAACGAGCUUUUCUAUAAUGUAUACAUAUAAAUUCUCAAUAUUGUUCUAAUUCUCAACAUAUUGUAUGCAGUUGUUUCUUCUCUUCUAUCUUAGCUUCUCUAAUGCUUAUUUAUGUAAUUGCUGAUUAUUAUAGCUGGUAUUUAAUAGCAUGAACUGAGUGGUGGAUGGUGUGGAAGAUUUAAAUAUCAACCAAUCGUGAUAUUUGUAUCUCACGGAGCAGAAUACUUGUAUCAUGAUAUUCCUUAGUUUAUUAAUUAGGUAAUUGAUGUUUGUCUCUCACACCAUAGUUUAUAAAUUGUGAACUAUUAUUGAUGGUGACAC